AUGUGUUUCCACAUCACUACAGCUUGAAGAAGGAAAUUCCUUUUUCUUUUUUUUCUUUUUUUCUUCUGCAGGAAAUCACAUGGAGGUGCCAUCGCACUCACAUGACAGUCUGAGCUAUGGAAGGGGACAUCAAUGAAGGAUCAGUCCCAUUGUACUACCGAGAAGUACAUCAAGCCAUCUGCAGCAGAAAUGAUGAACGAGUGCAGAUCAAUGUAUUCCAGAGGCUUCUCAGCAGAACUGCUCUCUCCGUCACAGUUCAGAACCAGAUAACUGAACAUGUAAAAAGUGGCGAUGGGUUCCUAAGCAAAGUAUCGCUGUAUAAAGGCUUGGCUCUCAUUGCCCUUGCCCAGCAAGGAAAGCCGCCAAGUCCCAAACUGUUGGAGAAUUUCAUUCAAGAGUUCCCGAAGCCUCAGCUGGGAGAACCGAAGGAGCUGCAGAGUCUGAAGUUGCAGUUGGUUCAAGAGAAUCCUCUAAUGUUGUCUUUGACUCUGGCAGAGCUGUUGAGUAAGGACACUAUCAAGGUUGAACUCAUCCCUGAGAAAAAGGGAUUGUUUCUUAAACAUGUGGAAUAUCAAGUCACCAGUGAGCGUUUUAAAGUAUCAGUCUAUCGACGAUACAGUGAUUUUGACAUCUUCCAUGAGCUCCUACUCCAGAGAUAUGCUUACAGAGUUGUGCCUGCACUGCCUCCCAAAAGAGUGCUGAAAGGAGUCCUGACUUCCAUGUCAGAACGAGAGUUCAUUGAAGGACGGAGACGUGCUCUGGGCAGGUUCCUGAAUCUUGUGGCAAGACACCCUUUCUUUUCCGAGGAUGAGCUGGUGAAGACAUUCCUCACUUUCAACGGCUCUGAUGUCCAAACUAAGCUUCGAGAUGCUUGCAAAAAAUUGGGCGAUGAGUUUAUGACUUGCAAAUAUGCAACACAGGCCAAGGAUUACCUCCCUGCUGAUAUCCAGGUUCAAUUUUCAUCCAGCAGGGAGCUGAUCAGAAAUAUUCAUAGCAGUUUUCAGAAGUUACGGGACAGAGUUGAGAGAAUGGCAGAGCGCUUGAAGGAGAACGGCACAGAUCUGCAGAUGUUUGGGAAGGAGCUCAGGUCUUUGGGGUCAGAUGAGUCACCUGUGCCUGUCCUGACCUCCUGCAAAAGUCCCUGGAGUGCUCUCAGACAGUCUGUCAAAGGCCUCUCUGUUGAGUUCUCACUUCUGUCUGAAAAAGCUGCACAACAGGGCAGAAGAGAGGAAGAUGAUGUGGUGGAAAAACUGAACUUGUUCUUGGACUUCCUGCAGUCAUACCGGGACUUGUGUGAGCGACAUGAGAAGGGGGUCUUGCACGAGCACCAGCGAGCGUUACAGAAGUACAGUGUGAUGAAGAGACAGAUGCUGAGUGCCACAGCGCAGCCUAAAGAACAGCUUUCUGUUGAACAUCUAGAGUCCCGCAUUGUGCAGCAAGAGAAUGCCAUUCAAGCUAUGGAGCUGCGCAACUACUUUUCCCUGUUCUGCCUGCACCAGGAGAGCCAGCUAAUUUUCACAUACCUGCCCAUCACGUCUCACAUCCUGGGGGCAUUUGUCGACUCCCAAGUGCAGGGACAUAAAGAAAUGGGUGAGGUGUGGCAAGACCUCCAUUCCAAGCUUAAAAUUCUUUUUAGGGAUAGUAACGGACUUCAGUCUCCGCCUCUAAGCUCAAAUUAGCCCCACCCUUCAGUGCCUUCAGAAUUAAAUGAAGAUGAACUCUAGCCUGCUUUGAAUAGCAGGACCUCUUAAGGAACUACAGACAAAUCUUUAAAGCACUACAAUUAUGAAGUAUGAGAAAACUACUUCUCGCUGAAUAUUUAUGUGGCAGAUCUGAAGAUCAUUUAAAGGAAACUGACAAAUGUAUUAUUAACAUGUACCUUGGAGUAUCCUGGAAAUACCACAUAAAUAUGGUACAAAUUCAGAACCAUUGUAUACACCGAUCAGCCACAACAUUAAAACCACCUGCCUAAUAUUGUGUAGGUCCCCAUCAUGCCGUAAAAACAGCGCCAGAAUAGCAUUCUGAGAUUAUAUUCUUCUCACCACAAUUGUACAGAGCGGUUGUCAGUUCGAACCAGUCUGGCCAUUCUCUGUUGAUCUCUCUCAUCAACAAGGCAUUUCCGUCAACAGAACUGCCGCUCACUGGAUGUUUUUUGUUUUUGGCUCCAUUCUGAUUAAAUUCUAGAGACUGUUGUGUGUGAAAAUUCCAGGAGAUCAGCAGUUACAGAAAUACUCAAACCAGCGCGUCUGGCAUCUGGUAAAAUUUGCACUCAAAAUAAAAGAUUUUUACACAUUUCAUUUUAUCACAAUUUUUAAGUAAUAUUUACAGUACUACAGUGUAAAGUGAAAACACUUUCAAACUAGAUUUCUUACAGUUCUGUAAAAUGUGAAAAGUGUUAUUGCUAAGCCUGUGCCUGGAGCUGGAUAGACUGUAGCUGAAACUUUAAUGAACUUGGCAUUAUUAGCAAAAAAGGAAACUGCCUCACUCGGCUGCACUUAUACACAACAAAGUCUUGUUUCCAUUCAUUUGAUUAAUCAAAAUAGUCUAAUUCUCAGAUUGCUAGGAAGCUAUUAUGUUAACUUUACAUUUAAAUAUGUUUUCCUGGACAAGAUCAAGAUUUUUUUUUUUUUUUUCUAGAUUUUCACAGAUUAACACAGCUCAUGGUUGAAUAAUGCAUGUACAGUGACUAUUUUUUGUUUACUUCUUAACAGGUAACUUUUAAUUAAACAUAAUAGCAGGGCUUAUUACUAAUUGUUUGAUUAUGAUUUUGUUAUGUUGACUCUAAUCAAAGCAGUAAAGAUACUUUAAUAUUCCCAUGAUGGAAACUGCCGGGAAUGGUUGUAAUGUUUGAUUACUUGCCAUUACGUCAUUCAUUACAACAUUCACGUUCAACUCUGCCACCUGCUGGCAAUACAUGCUAAUGCAAGUUUGAUGGAUUUUAGAUUUCCUUCAUUUUUGGUUGCCUGUGUACUAGCAGUUGUAUUUAUUGUCAUUUAUAUUUUGACAAUACAUUUUAUUCAUAUUAUAGAUUCAGUUUUUUCAAAUUAUGAAUAUACUGAUGCACAAAAUGUAUUUGUUAAUCAUGUAAUUUGAAAAGUAUAAAUACAAAGUCCGAAUAUUUAAUGAAGCUAUUGAAUUUUGAUUUUAAUUUUCCAAAAUUAUGUUGAUAUUCUACAAACUUUGUUUAGCUUUAUAGUGGAAGCUUUAGAAACCGUUGAAAAAACAUAUGAGGUGGGGAUCAUUUAAAAAUAUUAUUACAGAGAGGAACAUUUUAUAUUUAUCAGAUGAAGGCAAUGGAUUUUCCAGGUUUAAAUUAAGAAAUUGAAUUCAGUCCUUUUCUUUAAACAGUUGAUGAAUUUUUCCUAUUAUGGUUAUUUGUAUUGUGUGUAUGUGUGUGUAAUAUAUGUGUGUGUGUGUGUGUGUUUCUCUUUUUAUUUCGACAUUAUGUACUGUGAUAUAAGUACAUAGAUAUACUCCACCUAGUGGAUUUCUGACACUAUGUGUGUUAUUGAUUUCUUCUGAGCAGGUGUGUCCAAUUUAGCAAUAAUGAAGAGAGAUUCUUUUCUUAAGUCAAUUUUAUGUGUUGUAGGCUGCACCCUGAAGAGGCAUUUUUGCUGAUAUGCGUAGGUUUGCAGCCCUCUUUUUUCCACUGUUUUUAACUAUUGUUAUAGCCAUUGACAAUAAAGGCUUUUACUAUA